CUACUCUCAACAUAUCCACCCUUCACGAUGCCGACAGAACUAGAAGAUCUGGUGGAGUUCCUUCACCACGGCAAUACGCAAAUUCGACAGAUUGCCUGUGAGAACCUUGUUGGAUUCUCUACGGCCCAACCGAGUCUCUUCAAGGGGCAGAAAUUACAACCCGUGCGCGACCUGAAGCUGCUGGCCUUAGACUACACUCCCAUUGCAAAGAAUGCCUUGACGAUUCUUAUCAACCUCUCUAGUGACGAGGAGAUCCUGGAGUUGGUGGCCAGCGAUGACAAGUUCCUUGAGAUCUUGUUGAGGAAGCUCAUGAAUGUCAAGGAGCCCAACGCUGAUGAGUUUGCCAUGUUGCUGGCCAACCUCGUCAAAUCCGACCACCUCAAGAAACUCCACACGAUGAAGCGCGAAGCCCCGGCGGCGGUUUCCACAUCUGAGAAUGCCAUUGACCAGCUGAUGGAUUGCUUCGUGAAGGGUGCCGAGGGUGGUCUCAACAAGCACGCCAACUUCGACUACCUAUCCUACCUCUUCGCCGAUCUGUCCCAAUCCGAGCAGGGGAGAGCAUACUUCACGACGCGGCAAGAGUACGAUGGAGUGGUCCCGAUCACUAAGCUGACCGUCUUCACGGAACACAAGAGCGACAUUCGACGCAAGGGUGUGGCCUCGACCAUCAAGAAUGUGGCCUUUGACGUAGCUUCGCACCCUAUGCUUUUCGGCGAGGACGAGGCCAACCUGCUGCCCUAUCUGCUGCUUCCGAUCGCAGGACCCGAAGAAUUCCCGGAUGACGAGAUGAUGUCGAUGCUGCCAGAUCUGCAGCUCCUGCCCCCAGAUAAGAAGCGUGAGAGUGACAACACUAUCAUUACCACCCAUCUAGAGACUCUGCUCCUCCUGACUACGACUCGGGAAGGCCGAGAAAAGAUCCGCGCUGCGCAAGUGUACCCCUUCGUUCGGGAAUGCCACCUCCACGUGGAGGACGAGGAGGUGCGUGAGGCUUGUGACCGGCUGGUGCAAGUGAUUAUGCGAGACGAGGAAGGCGAGGGAGAACAGACCGAUGCCGAAUUGGCCAAGGCUCAAAAGGAGAUCGAGGAAGCUCCUCCAGCGCAACCUGCGCAGGAUGAGGACGAGAAGGUGGUGGAGCUGUUCUAAGCGUGUUGAUUGAUGACCAUUAUAUAUUGUAUAUCCUGAUAGACUUCUGAGAUCUAGAAUCCACUGAUCAUAUACUAUGGCU